AUGAGCGCGAACACCUCCAGUUUCGCGAGCUUCCGGCCAAAGCCCAAGCCUGCUCAGGAACCAUCCAAAAACCCCCAACAACAUGGCAAAUCUGAUGAGACAUCAAAAGAAAAACACCAACGCAGAAGAAUGUCGAAAUCACCAAGCCGACAGAUCCGGGAAAAAGACGCGUCUGCAAAUAAGUCCUAUUUCAGUGAUCGACGAGGAGACGCGGACGUGCUACGAUAUGGUACCUUGAACCGUUAUGAGAUCCCACCUUACCGUCGCUACGGCCAUGGAUUCGUCUUGGGUCUUUCAUUGCGACAGAAAAUUGACCGAGAAUUAUCUACGGAUAAGAAAAUAUAUGUGUCGCCUGCCACAGGCCGACGUCAACAGCGUCUGCUCACAGACAAAUCUACAAAGCGAUCAGGUGAACGUGCGCUGCGUCUAGUAAAGGCCGGCGGCGAUGCAUCAGAUCUCAACCAAGACUUUGUGCUCUUGUCCACAACUGGCAAAAGGAAGCGCCAUGACAGUGAUGAUGACGAUGAAGACGACGACGAAGGAACACCGGAAUUUGACUAUCGAGGAAUAGAAGAGGCAAAGUCUGCAGAGCCAGCUGACCCCGAUACGCAGUAUGAGUCUGAUGUUGAUGUUACAUUUGAUGCCGAAAUUACUCGCACCAACUCGAGACUGGCAUGGCACACCAAAGAGCAUCCUGAAGAUGUCUCAGGGUGGCUGGCGCUGAUCGCUCACCAGGAGGCCAUGCUGAAGCUUGAGCGGCCGUCUGCGGAGUUGACAGUUUCUGACAAAGCCCAUCUUGCCGACAUACGCAUCGACAUAUACACGGAAGCCCUUAAGAAGAUCAGUAAAGACCCUGAGAGCCAGCUGAAACUGUACAAAGGGCUCUUGAAAGAGGCCGAAAGAGCAUGGGAUGGGGCCAAGCUGGCCAGUAAAUGGAAGGACGUUCUCACAAAACAUCCAGAGAGCGUUGAACUGUGGAUGAUGUAUCUUGACUUUGUGCAGUCGCGAUUUACAACUUUCAAGUACGAGGAUUGCCGAGCGAUCUUCUUCAAGUGCAUCGAAACUCUCACGGCAAGCACACAGCAUAUUUCACAUGCGAGCAUGCUGCACAUACUGCUGCGCCUUACAUCCAUGACGUAUGAAACCGGAUAUCAAGAGCUCUCGGUAGCAAUUUGGCAAGCCUUGCUUGAGUUCCGUAUUCUACGGCCCGCAGGGGAUGCGACCAUUGAAUCAUUUGAGAUGUUCUGGGAUAGCGAGGUAGCACGCAUUGGCGAGCCGCAAGCAAAAGGGUGGAAGCAUUACAGUCCAGAAGACGAACCUGCAUCGCUCGAGUUCGCCCCCUUGUUGGAAAAAGACUCCUCAGACUCGUUCUUUGAAGAUUUCGAAAAACGCGAAACGGAAGCUACAAGGCGGCUUGUGAUGCCAGGUCGCACAUCUGAUGAAAUAGCGGAGGACGAUGCCUUCCAUACCAUUCUCUUUGACGAUAUAGCACCAUAUCUGAAGCUAGUCCCUGAAGAUUUGCCGGCAGAACUGCUUGUGGAUGCCUUUCUAUGCUUUUGCGGACUACCUCCUAUGCCAAAGUCGGGCGCGCAUCAGCAAAGCUGGUGGUCCGAUCCUUUUCUGCAACGCUACUGGUCAUCGUCUCCCGUUAACGGAGAUGAAUCUUCCAACUUUACACAAACGCUCAAGCACUUCUCGAAUUGCCCGUCGAGAAGUUUUCAGAUGACAACUGAGCUAUUGUUUGACCAAUGUUUCUCUACCAGUAGCAUUGGUCUAGACACCGAUUUUAUCAGACGACUGCUCAAACUCGUGGCCUCAGAUACAUCGAGCGACGAUGUUCUUGGAGAGUAUCUUCUUGCAUUUGAACAUCGGCACUACCCUAACGAGGCCUUCAAAACAGCAAAGCGACUACUAAAGGCACGGCCAUCGAGCUUGUGUCUAUACAAUGCUUAUGGAUUAGUCGAAUCUCGGCUUGGAAAUUCAGACAAGGCAGAUCAGGUAUUUCGUAUGGUGCUUGCUAUGCAAGCCGGUAACUCGAAGGAAUUGACUCCUCAAGUAUUGGAACUCCUAGACACCUGGGUCUGGGACGCUCUUCGUAGAGGAGAGAGAAACGUAGCUCUCUGGCGACUCGUCUCACCACACGGCAGCCUUCCUGCCGAAACUUCAAAAUCGCAACCCGACUCAACUCUCAUAGACAGUACUCGUACAAAGCUCGCCGAAAUCAGCGAACAAGCCCUACUCGCCCAAGACCACACAACCGCAAUCCUCAGCACCUCCCUCUCCGCUCUCCUCCUCUACCUAACAAGCUCCUACUCCCCCUCUCUCGCCCUAAAUCUCCACUCCCACCUCUCCCUCUGGUUUACCUCCCACGCUGCGACUUCCUCCCCCUCCGCCGAACUCCAUGCCCAAUCCAUAUCCCGCCUCCUCACUUACCACACCACCCACGCCCCCAUCGUCAAACCCGCCCUCACCCGCUCAACCCUCGAGCCCCUCCUCGCCCACUUCCCAGACAACACCAUCUUGCUCUCCCUCUACGCCGCAAACGAAUCUCGCUUCUCAAUCGACGACCGCGUCCGCGGCGUAAUGCAUACCGCACUCCAGCGCACCGACGACCGCAGCAUAGCCGGCUGGGCAUUCGCGAUCCACUACGAGACGCUCCGGGGAGAAGUCGCAGGCUCGACGCAACAUUCCAUCCGCGCACUGUAUAAACGCGCGGUCGAAGGGAGCGCGAAGAAUUGUCCUGCGCUGUGGAAAUCUUACAUCAAUUUUGAACUUGCGCAGCUGCGGCGUCUGCGUGAUUCCCGACAGCUGCAGAACAAGAAGCCAAGGAGAGAUGGGAAGAAGAGUAAAGUUGAAGUUAGGUUGGAGGAAGCGAGGCAGAGGGUUAAAGAUACGUUUUAUGCGGGUUUGAGGAAUUUGCCGUGGUGUAAGGAGGUUGCUAUGCUUGCUUUUGGGGAGGCGGGGGGUUUGUUUGGGGAUGAGGAGAAGUGGAGGGUUGUUAGGGUGCUGGUGGAGAAGGAAAUGAGGGUUUUUGUUGAGGUGGAUGAUGAUGAGGCUUGGGGCGUUGCGAGGGAGACGGGGUGGACGGUUUGA